GUGAUUGUUUGAAAUCGGCAUUUUAUGGGUUGAAACUGGUGAAAUCUGAAAGAAUCUUUAGAUUUAUAUAAAUAUUAAGUCAAUAUAGUCACAUUAUUCAAGAUUGCCUGAUGUCUAAAGACCCGGAAUUAAGAUCGAAGAUGCGCUCGUCUACGGCAGCUUUAAAAGAUUUAGAUAUUGGUGGCAUUAUCCAGAAUGAACUAUCGAAAUACCUACACUCAGAUGAGUUUGGUGACACCAUAAAAGCGUCCCUAAAUGAUAUUAUGGCCACGAUGAUAAAUGAAGCAGUUCAGCCAUUGAAACAAAGAAUUGAAAACCUCGAAGAACAAUUAGAGGCGGUCAAACAAAAGGUGAAUGAUAACGAGCAAUAUUCUCGAAGGUCUAACGUUCGCAUAUUUGGCAUGGAAUCCCCUGAUACUAACAGUGAUUUGGUCAUGGUCGAAAAUUGCACUAAAUCUGUGGUCGACUUUUGUAAAAAUGAACUUGGUGUGGAUUUAAAUGAGCAGGAAAUCGAUAGAGCUCACCGUGUAGGGAGGCAACAUGGCAAGAAAUCAAGGGCGAUUAUUGUGAAGUUUAGAAGUCACGCCUCAAAGGUCAAAGUCAUGAAGGCAAAGAAAAACCUUAAAGGCAAACCGCUCUACGUUAAUGAGGAUCUCACAAGUCAAAACUUAUGGUUACUGAAGCGAUCGAAGGAGGCUUGUAAGGGUAAUGGAUAUGCGUACAGUGUAGACGGUAAAAUUUUUGUUAAAAUAAGAGAUAGUCAUGAUUCGAUUAGAAUUAAUAGACUUGCUGAUUUGGAAAAGCUUCAUCUCGUAGUUAGCUUUUAAAUAUGGACCCAAAUGCCGAAGACACUUUAUAAUUACUAACAAUUUUUCUCGUUGUGUGUUUCUUAGUCCUUAGACUUAGUGUGUAUUUUGCUUUUUUGUUUGUCUUGUUUUUCUAUUUUUGUUGUUUUGUCUUUGUAUGUGUGCAGUAUGAGGUAAGCUCCCUUUAUUUUGAUUGGUCUCAUGGGGGUUAGUUUAGAAGCUUAUAGAGCAGCAAUCGGGAUGUUUAAUCUCCGUAAGUUAUUUGUCAUUGGAAUUGCUUUCUCUGGUCAUAGCUUUUUGUUUCUUGUUGG